AUGAAGCGUAGCACUUUGCUGAUGCUCUUGGCGUUCGUGCCACAGCUGAUGGCGAGUGAAAGUGUCACGAUUCGAGGGUCCCCGCCGAAUCACACGAAGGAGCUGAAUCGCAACAUCAUCAAUACCGUGUUCGAGCGGACGCGCCCGGCCGGAAGUGAGAGGCGCGGGCGGGAGGUGACGAUACUUGGGCUGUUCGAGCUUAGCUCGAAGGGAGGCGAACGGCGGGAGGGAUUCAGCGAGCUGGCCGCUGCCCAGCUGGCGGUGCAGCACAUCAAUCGGAGAGGUCUGCUGUUGGGCUACAAAUUGAAGCUUAUCACAAACGAUACAAAGUGUGAUCCAGGAGUUGGCAUCGAUCGUUUCUUCCAUGCAUUGUACACCCAUCAAAGCAAGCGAAUCAUCAUGGUGUUGGGAUCGGCCUGUUCGGAAGUUACCGAAAGUUUGGCGAAGAUCGUCCCUUACUGGAAUAUACUUCAGGUUUCGUUUGGAUCGACCGCACCAGCGUUGAGCGAUCGACGUGAGUUCCCCCUCUUCUACCGUACGGUGGCUCCCGAUUCCUCGCAUCACCCGGCGAGGAUAGCGUUUCUGAUGCGCUUCGGUUGGGACACUGUGGCGACAUUUUCACAGAACGAAGAAGGAUACUCGCUAGCCGUGAAUGAUCUGGUGACGGAGCUGGAAAGGGCCAACAUUACGUGUGCCGCCACCAUCUCCUUCGCGGAGACGGACUUCAAGGAACAGCUGAAGCUGCUGCGGGAUCGCGACAUACGCGUGAUUAUCGGGAGUUUCUCGCACGAAAUUGCUCCCAAAGUGUUCUGUGAGGUCUACAACCUGGGUAUGUACGGUGCGGAGUACGCCUGGAUCCUACAGGAUACACACAUCUCUUCGUGGUGGCUUUCACCACCCGACUCGUGCUCCUCGAAGGCGCUGCUGACGGCGGUGGAAAACUUAAUCAUAGUUUCCAGCUACAACAGCAUCGUCGGCAUGGGGACGGCGCUCAGUGGAUUAACAAAUGAUAUCUUCCUGCAAAAGCUACGAGACAUGAACGUCACUGGUGCCGUGUCCCAGUUUGCCCCACAAACCUACGAUGCGGUCUGGGCGAUGGCUCUGGCACUUCGAGGUGCCGAAAAGACGUGGUCACAAAAGCGCGCCAACCGGGUCCACCUUGCGGACUACGACUACACGCGGUAUGACAUCGCCAAGGAGCUGUUGCAUCAGUUUGACUUGCUGACAUUCAACGGGAUCUCCGGACCGGUAUCGUUUGAGGGCGCGGAUCGCAUCGGUACGACCUCCUUCCAUCAGAUCCAGCGUGGCCAGCUGCAGAUGAUUGCUUUCUACUAUCCCAAGAAUGCAACACUCGACUUUGGCUGUUGGUAUUGUGUGCCUGUUGUGUGGGCCAGCGAGCAGGUUCCGAUUGCUAAACGUGUGCUGAAAUUACGCGUGGAUACGAUCGACCCGUUGGCGUUCUACACCGUCGUGAUACUUUCGACCAUCGGGAUUGGCAUUUCGUUUCUAUUUCUUGGGUUGAAUUUACGCUUCAGGAAGCUCAAGGCCAUAAAGCUGUCCAGUCCCAAACUGAGCACCAUCACAGUGUGCGGAUGUAUUCUCGUCUAUACGGCCACCAUUCUGCUUGGACUCGAUCACUCGACGCUACCCUGGUCCAGUGUUACCUUCUCGACGAUCUGCAUGGCUCGAAUCUACUUUCUUUCGGCCGGGUUCUCACUCGCGUUUGGUUCCAUGUUCGCGAAAACGUUCCGAGUGUAUCGUAUUUUCACCCAAAGUGCUGGAGGUUUGUGUCGCGAUAAGAUCCUCCGCGAUACCCAACUGAUCUCCGUCAUCGGAGCGCUCCUGCUCGUCGAUGCGUCGGUGGUUUCCUUCUGGAUGGCAGCGGAUCCGAUGGAGCGCCAUCUGCACAAUCUCUCGCUGGAAAUAAGCACCACCGAUCGGAGUGUUGUGUUCCUGCCUCAGGUGGAGUUGUGUCGUUCGAGGCAUUACGAGAGCUGGCUGGGGACACUGUACGCGUACAAGGGACUCCUGCUGAUCGUCGGCGUUUAUAUGGCGUGGCAGACGCGCAACGUGAAGAUAUCGGCCUUGAAUGACUCGCAGUACAUUGGGAUCUCGGUGUACAGUGUGGUGAUAACCAGUGCUAGUGUGGUUGUCCUGGCGAACCUGCUCUACGAGAAGGUGACACUUGCCUUCGUGAUAACGGCCGGUUUUGUGCUGAUCUCGACCACGGCAACCCUUUGCCUACUGUUUCUGCCGAAGAUAAAGGAUAUUUUCGUGAAGGGCGAAGUGUACGAUCCGAUCAUUCACAGUAUGGGGUUGAAGUUGGAGUUUAACACGCGGCGGUUUGUUGUGGACGAUCGGAGAGAGCUCCAGUUUCGGGUGGAAGUACAGAACAGAGUUUAUCGGAAGGAAAUCGAGAUGCUGGACGCGGAAAUCUGUCGCCUGGAGAGAUUACUCGGGGAGCGCUCCUUGGCGAGUUCGCCUCGAUCGUCCGAAACGAACUUGCAGGAAACGCGCCCUUGUGUGAUACCUCGUGCAUACGGAUCCACCGGACUACCGAUGUUGCUGCUCUCGGUUCUCCCACCGAUCAUUCCCCGAGCCAGCUGGCCAUCGGUUGACCCCAUGCUAUCACCAAUGAAGCGCAACAUCGCGUUCAGUUCGCAACCAAAAAUCGACCCUACCACGACCAGAGAACGGAUCCUAACCUCUAGCCGGAGUGUCUUCGAGGAUCAGCCAGCGGCAACGAGCGGUUCCGGCAACGGAGUGAUGGGCAAGAUAAAACACAUGUUCACACCGAGAGUCCACAAGACGCCUUCGGUAUCCGUGAUUGGUCCCACGGCAACCAUCCGCAAGUCAACGCUGACGGUUUUCAACGAAAUCGACACCGAGGAUGACUCCUCGUUCGCCGUUCCGCAGUCGAUCUACACCAUCACCGCACCCAAGAGUGACGAACUGAACUUAACCGGGUCAGAACCACGGGUUAACUUCAUUCUACCCCCAAACGGGAAGCGCCGUGCGUCGAUCGUACAGCAACCGGGUGCGGUUCGUGAGCGGAUUCGAGGAUCUCCCCGGUUUCCGCACCGUAUCUGCCCGCAGACGACCAGCCUGACCGAGUUGGGCAUCGAGCGUCCGCGCAUCAGCUUCCUGACGGUGAAAAGUUGUGAACAGAUCCACGGCAGACAGUGUGAAUCGCGAGCCAAGUGGAAAUCGAUGGACUCCUUUUCGAAGAGCAUCAGCUCACAGUAGUAUAAGGCCGCUAUCCGUUAGGCAAUACCACCCUCUAGAGUCCUUGUUAACGUAAACAAACUCCCGACCAAAGAUGCUCAAUAAGAUGUAUUUAUUCGCAUGCUUUCUUGCUCGGAAAAUAUAACAAACAUUCCAACACCUGUA